AUUUUUUAUACGAUUCUGAAUAUCGAUUUUCAUUCAACCAAUUCACAACUACCGUCAACAACAACAGCAAAAAUGUCUUUACCAUUAUCAAAUCUAUCAUCAUCACAUCAACAACUUUUAAAUCUUUUAAGACAUUUUAUUGUAACAUCGAAUCAACAACAACAAAAACAACCAUCAUCAUCAUCGCCAUCAUCGUUGACAACAAUAUUUAUGAAUAUGACCAAUACAUCAUCAAUAUUAAAAUCAUUAUAUCCAGAUUUAAUGAAUCUGACUGAUGAUCAAUUAUUGUUACGUCUUGGUAGAACAUCAUCAUCAUUCAUUCAUAAUCAAUCAUCAUCAUCAUUUGAUAAUGAUUUUAAUCUAUUUAAUCAUGCUUUAAAUGGUGGUAGUGUUAAUUAUUCUGGACCAUCAACAUCAACAUUUGAUGAACAAUUUUUCGGUUAUAAUAAUAAUGAUGAUAAUGAUGAUGAUGAUUUACAAGAAGAAAUACCAUUAAGUUUAUGGAUAAAAAUAUUAUUCUAUAUUGUUUAUUUAAUAAUUUGUUUAUUGGGUAUUUGGGGUAAUCUAAUUGUUUGUUAUAUUGUUGCAAGAAAAUCAACAAUGCAUACAGUAACAAAUGUUUUUAUUGCAAAUUUAGCAUUAUCUGAUAUAUUAUUAUGUUUAUUUGCUGUACCAUUUACACCAUUAUAUUUAAUUACAUUUAAAAAUUGGAUAUUUGGUCGUGCACUUUGUCAUUUAGUACCAUUUGCUCAAGGAGUAUCUGUUUAUAUAUCUGCAUUUACAUUAAUGUCAAUAGCAAUUGAUAGAUAUUUUGUUAUAUUACAUCCAUUUAAACCAAGAAUGUUAAUGAAAAUAUGUAUAUUAAUUAUAAUUGCUAUUUGGAUGUCAGCCAUUAUAUUAACAUUUCCAUAUGCACAUUUUAUGGAUUAUGUUGAAACAAAACCCGAACGAUUAUUAUCAACAACAAUAAAUGAAGAAUUAUUAGAAUUAAAUGAUAAUGGUGAAAUUGUUGCUGUAGAUGCUACAGGUGAUAAUAAUAAUGAUAAUGAUGAUGAUGAUGAUAUUGGUAUAAUUUAUCUUUGUGCUGAACAAUGGCCACAUGAAGAAUUAAGUAAAAUGUUUGGUAUAACAACAACAGCAUUACAAUUUGUCAUUCCAUUUAUAAUAAUAACAUUUUGUUAUGUAAAAAUUUGUGCAAAAUUAUCGGAUCGUGCACGUACAAUACCGGGUAAUGUUUCAGCAAGACGUGAAGAACAAGAACGUGAACGUACACGUAAAACUAAUGGUAUGCUUAUAUCUAUGGUCAUUAUAUUUGUUAUAUCAUGGUUACCAUUAAAUAUGGUUAAUUUGUUGGCUGAUUUUUAUGAAGAAGCAAGCCAUUGGCGUAAUCAACGUGCUAUAUUUUUAAUAUCACAUGCAAUUGCAAUGUCAUCCACAUGUUAUAAUCCAUUUUUAUAUGCAUGGUUGAAUGAAAAUUUUCGUAAAGAAUUUAAAGAAGUAUUACCUUGUUUUGUACGUCGUACGAAAAAAAAUCAUUCAUCCGCUAUUGGUAUUGGCGGUGGUGGUGGUGGUGGUGAUACGGGAGCUGGUGGUACUGAAGCUGGAGCUGGUGGCGGUACAUUGGUUGAAUUACGACAAAAUAAUCCGAUAACCAACCUUAACAACAACAACAACAGUAACGAAAAUCAAACUGAUAAAUUUGAUAAUUGUCAAACGGUAAUGCUUGCAAUGAAUGAACAUACUAAUCAUUCAAAUCUUCAUCCAAAUCAAAAUAAAUCAAAUAAAAAAUUUAUGAAAAUUUGUUCAAAAAAUGGUUCAAUUAAACAUUGUAGAAUAUCUAUUAAUAAUCAACAGAAUAAUAAUAAUAAUAAUAAUAAUCAUCCACAAACAACAACAACAACAACGAAUAAUUAUAAUUCAAAUUUAAAUAACGAUAACGAUAACGAUAACGAUGAUGAUGAAGCGAGGCAGACUUUGAUAACAAAAAAUGGAAAACGUUUACGUUAUGAUUCGGGUUUUGGUAGCGAAUCAAUUAGUGCCAUACAGAAUAGUAGUAUCGGUGGUGGAGGUGGAAGUUCCAGUGUUACGCAUUUAACCAUCAUUUCGGAUAUUUGAUAAUUGGAGUUAAACAAAACAUCAUCCGCCAAACGAAAAACAUAACAAAACAAAACUGAAAAAAAAACAUUGUAUUUAUUUGUAUUUGAUAAACAGAUUUUC